CUUCCGGCUCCGCGACUUCAGCAUGGCUGCUUUAGGUACCCUGCUUUUGUCAGGUGUCCGGAGGCUGCACAGUAGCGUGGCGGCUCGGGCGGGCAGUCAGUGGCGACUCGAGCAGGGCCUGUCUGCUAACCCCUCUGGCUACGGGCCCCUUACGGAGCUCCCAGACUGGUCUUACGCGGACGGCCGCCCUGCACCUCCAAUGAAAGGCCAGCUUCGAAGAAAAGCCCAAAGGGAGAAGUUUGCAAGACGAGUUGUACUGCUGUCACAGGAAAUGGAUGCUGGGUUACAGGCAUGGCAGCUUAGGCAGCAGGAGAAGUUGCAGGAAGAAGAAAGGAAGCAGAAAAAUGCUCUGAAACCCAAAGGGGUUCUACUGAAGAACCCACUACCAAGUCAAUAAAAAGCAGUUCCUGUCUCCCUUUCCCAGCCUCUCUCUGGCUUCCUACUCUCUCCCCUCCCUGCCUCAUCCCAGCCAGAAGAGAGCCUUCACAUCCCCAUCUGCCUUCCGAGCACAGGAGCUUGGACACCAGGAGGAACUGCCUGUAGGAUCACUGCCUAGUGAAGUUGGCCGAGUGCCCUCAUUCCUGGCUCCAUUUCAGUUCAGCGCAGUCGCGCUCUGGGACACUUGCCUCCUCGGCGGGCUAUCGGACUGGCCCAACUGUGAACAGUAGCUGCUCUGCGAACAUGCAGAAGGGGCAGCAGUUGUCCUGGUGUCAGCGAGGCACUCAGGCCUUUAACAGCCCAUACACAGCUCAGGCUGCACACAGUUAUUCAUUUAAUAAAUGCUUUGAUGAAAAAGGC